AUGUCCUCUUCAACCAAUUUCCUCAACAACAUUCUUCUCAACUACCCUCUUCAAGCCCCGGUCCCGAACAUCACAAACAGCACGACUUCCUCCUCCGAUGAAACCAGGAACAAACGGAAGAUAUCUAACCGCGAGUCAGCCAGGCGGUCCAGAAUGAGAAAACAAAAGCAUUUGGAGGAUGUAAAGAGCCAAGUAACAAGGUAUAAGAUGGUUAACCACCAACUUAUGAACCGGUUACGCCUUGUGAACCAUAAUGGGCAGAUUGUCCAGCAAGAGAACCAGUGGCUUUUGUUAGAGUUAGUGAUGCUACAACAAAAAUUAAACCAUUUACAUAAUCUAAUGGCUGAACCGGAGCUUCACCACACGUUGUUACCGUCUGCAUGGCCAUGCAAUAAUAAUGUUACCACUGUAUUUAGUGACCAAAACCAACUUCCGUUGGUAACAUUAUAA